GCAGCAACUCUAUCUCCUGCAAUGCUUCGUUUGCUUAGAUGGAGCACCAGCACUAACACCGCACGUCGUCUCCUCUCACAGAUACUGAUGCAGUUGCUUACACAGAUACAAAUUAAAAUACAGCACCAACACACAGAUACAUGUGCAAAUCUGGCGUUUUGGCUACUUUUCCGCUACAACCGAAUAAGGCUCAGCUGUCUCGAUCUGGUCCAAUGGCAGGUUCGUCGGUCGUCGAGGAUGUCCGCAACGCGUGAACUGCGACAACGCAACAAAUAUCGUCGGAGCAAGUCGCCACUUCAGCGAGCUGCGGAGGAAGAUAGAGGCGGAAGCGGACGCGAUACGCGAAUUCGCGUCAAGAAGCGGGUGCGAGUUUGCCUUCAUACCGCCUCGAGCACCGCACAUGGGCGGACUUUGGUAGGCCGGUGUGAAGUCUGCCAAGGGCCUACUCCUACGGGCAGUCGGAAGCGCUCUUCUCACCGCAGAGGAGCUGGAGACCGUGCUGGUCGGGAUCGAGGCGGUACUCAACUCGCGCCCGGUAGGACCCCUAAUCCCAGACCCAAGCGACGGAGACGCGCUGACUCCCGGGCACCUGCUGACAGGCGGGCCGCUAAUCGCACCCCCAGCACCCAGGACCCCGGACCAGGAGGGUCUGAGCUGCUUAAAGCGAUGGCGGCUUACCUCGUCAGCCAGGCAAAUGUUCUGGCAGCGAUGGUCCCGGGAGUAUGUGCUGGGCUUGCAAAUAAGAUGCAAGUGGCACCAGGAGGAACCCAACAUCAAGGAAGGCGACCUCGUAAUCGUCGCCGAGGACAACCUGCCCCCUCAACAGUGGCUCCUCGGAAAAGUGGUCGGAACAACCGCAGGGCAGGACGGAAGGGUCAGAGUGGUCGACCUAAGGACAAGCAGUGGAGCCACGUUCAGGAGGCCAAUCCACAAGUUGGCGCUUCUGCCACUGGCUUGAAGCCUUCCAGGCCUUCAACGGGGCCGGUGUAGCGCCAUUUGGCUUAUAAUUUGUAUUAGAAUAAUAUUAGGAUCGAAUUUGAUGAAGUCUAGUGUAAGUUAGGCUAGGGCAAAGCGGGAGCGCAAUAAAAGCUCGCUCUCUCGCUCUUGGCGAAUUCGCCCCGCUUUGCCACCGUAGGUUCGAUAGGCUUAAAAGAAAUUGUUUGAAUAUAGAGGGGUCGACAAAAUCUAUUGAAAACGAACGCACGCACUUAUUAUUUUUUCGUCGUAAAAUACAUUAAUUUGCAGCCACCCAAAGUUUUCUGUAUUUCAUAUUUAGAAAAACUAUUCAAAAAUUUCACUCCUUUUGAGCCACUUCAUUAGCUCAUCAGACCAGAUUUGUAGGUAUCUAACAAGCUUAAAAUGAAUUAUGUGUAUUUAUUAUUAGGCAGACUCCGGCUUGCACUUGCAUUUUUGCACUUGCAAACAUUUUCCGAUUUACUUUUAAACCACACAAAAAUCAAGAUUGUCCCA